AUGGCGCACCUUACGAAGCAACGAGUGAAGGAGCUGUACAGCACCUUCGGGGAGCUGAAGGUGUUGGACGACAUCAUCCGCUAUCGUGCAGCGGAUACUGACCAAGUCCCUAUCUUGGGAUACCCUAGAAAUGACAACGACCUGAGCGACUAUGAGAAGUUCACUGGGCAACAGCUCGAUUCCUUCAUUGAUGGAGCUGCGAACCACUUGAUUGCCCAAGGCCUGAAGCCGGGCGCAAAAGAGGUAGUUGGAAUUUUCGGACAAUCUGAUGUCGAUUACAUCGUCACAUUCUUCGCGCUGAGCCGACUCGGCUAUACUGUUCUGUGCCUGUCUUUACGUCUUGCACCCGUGGCCAUUGUCAACCUCCUGAAACAAACAGGUUGUGGCGCCAUUGUUCAUGGAGACUCUUCGCAAAUCCUGAACACGCUCGCGGCUGUCGAGCAAGAGAAGUCUUUGACGAAGAUCUCUAUCCCCAGCCGAGCACAGUACUCGUCACCACCAUCCGAUGAGGGGCAAUCUUUCGCGCGUCAGGUCGAUCGGGACAGUGAAACCCACGAUAUUGCCCUGAUAAUGCACAGUUCCGGCUCCACGGGGUUACCUAAGCCCAUUUCAUUGAGCCACAAGAGUCUCCUGACUCAUCCUCUGCAGGGUGCUGGAAUGCACAACUUCGCCGUGCUUCCGCUAUACCACAUCUAUGGCUUAUCAACUACAUUACAAGCCAUGUACAUGCGCAAGACGGCGAAUCUUUAUAGCGCUCGCUUGCCGAUUACGACAGAGAAUCUUCUGAUAGCCACAGAGGCCAUCAAACCUGAGGUCAUCCAUGUCGUACCCUACUCACUCGGCUUGCUGGCAGAGACAGAUAGGGGCAUGGAGAUUCUGAAGUCGGCCAAAAUGGUCACAGCUGCUGGCGCGCGAACCCCAGACGAGCUUGGAGACCGCUUAGUCAAAGAAAAGGUUCAUGUUGGCGUUGUUUUUGGAUUCACAGAAGCAGGGCUCUUGGGAGACACCAUGCGACGCGCAGAAGAUGACGACUCAUGGGACUAUGUGCGCAUCUAUUCCAACGUUCGAGAGCACGUCAUCAUGGACCCGAUCGGGGACAACCAAUAUGAGUGCGUCAUUCUUCGCAGUCAUCCGGGGCUUUUCAAAUCUGCUUCUGGCGAGCCUUGGCGUUCAAGGGAUGUUUUUGUCCCGCACCCAACUAUACCCGACGUGUGGAAGUAUAUGACCCGUCUGGAUGACCGAGUUACUUUAAGCAACGGCGAGAAGGUCCUGCCAUUACCGAUCGAAGGCUGCAUUCGCGAGCAUGAGCUCGUUCGCGAAGCGGUUGUUGUGGGCGUUGACCGAGCGCUUCCUGGCGUGUUACUCUUCAGGGCGCAGUCAGCUGACAGCAUAUCGGACGACGAAUAUCUUGACGCUGUAUGGCCCACAAUCGCCGAUGCCAACUCGCGCGCCGAGGGCUUCUCCCAGAUCAGCAAGUACAUGGUCGCUGUGAUACCCUCGGAUGUGAGUUAUCCUAGAACGGACAAGGGUAGCAUCAUCCGUGCGCAAGUGUACCGUCACUUCGCGGACACGAUUGACGAGCUGUAUGCCAAGCUUGAUGAUGGGCAGGAAGGUACUCUCAAGCUGAGUCUGCCUGAUCUCGAACUUUUCCUCAAGAAGACGUACGAAGAAGUGAUGGACAUCCAGUUGGACUCAGUUGAUGCCGACUUCUUCAAUGCUGGAAUCGACAGUCUUAAUUCUAUUCAGAUGAGACGAACGAUCCAGAAAACUCUGUAUCUAGGCGGCCACCGGUUGAGCAACAACGUCAUCUACGAGAAAGGAAACAUCAAGCUGCUGGCAGCUCAUCUGUACCGCCUCGCCCAGGGUCUAGGAGAUGAGGAAGAAGACAGAACUCCCGUCAUGCGUGAGCUUAUCAACAAGUAUUCUGCCUUUGGAGAAGUUGCCAUCUUAACCGGGGCCACUGGCUCAAUUGGUGCGCACAUUCUCGUCCAGAUGGUUGCGAAGAGACAUAUCCGAAAGGUAUACUGUUUCGUUCGAGGAUCAGACCCAAUGGGCAGAGUCCUAGCUUCCGUGAAACAACGUGGCCUCGAGUUGUCGGCUCCUGAGAAGGUUGUGGCCAUCUCUGUGGACUUCAGCCGCGAGGACUUCGGCCUCUCGGAAACACUCGUCGAACAGUUUAAGAAUGAGGUAUCACUAAUUGUCCACAUGGCCUGGCCCGUGAACUUCAAUAUCCAGAUACAGAGUUUCGAGCCUCAGCUGGCUGGGUUACACUGGCUCCUGGCACUCUCUCUCGCAGUCCGCCGCCCGGAACCCGCUCGGCUCUAUUUCGCAUCUUCUAUCUCAACGGCAGAGAACACGCCGACGCCAGCCCGAAUCAUGGAAAAGCCCAUUGAUGACUUCACCCAGGCUACGCCUAUGGGGUAUGCUCAAUCUAAAUUGGUCGGUGAGCACAUGGUAGUCAAUGCGGCCCGCGCAGGGGCACGCAGUUAUGUGCUGCGAAUUGGGCAAGUCGUGGGCGACCUGGAAAAUGGACAGUGGAACGAUGCCGAGUUCGUGCCAUCCAUGUUCCGAUCAGUACUCUCCUUGAAGGCACUGCCAGUACUCAGUGAGGACGUCUCAUGGCUUCCAGUAAAUACCUUAGCCACGGCGUUCCUGGAAAUUGAUGACACUUUACGGGCAUCACCGAGGCCGCAUGUAUUGGAUCCGGUCAACCCGCCAGUAUUCUACAACAUGUCGAACCCCGACACCUUCUCUUGGAAGAGGCUUCUCUGGGCCCUCAAGGAUGCUGGUCUAGAUUUCGAGGCCGUAUCAUUCACCGAGUGGCUGCAACUACUGAGGGAGGAUGCCGCCCGCGGUAAUGAGAAGUACAACCCGGCUGUGAAGCUCCUAGACUACUUUGAAGAUCGAUACAAGUCGAGCCUCAGCAAGGAAGCGGCCCACAAGCCAAGCGCGACUAAUGGGGCUCACCAGUCUAAUGGAACCAACGGAACCAACGGAACCAACGGGGUCAAGGCGAGCAAUGGAGUCAAUGGGGUAAAUGGGGUCAACGGGGUCAACGGGGUCAAUGGGGUCAAGGGAGUUAACGGAGUCAACGGCGUCAACGGUACUAAAGGGAUCAAUGGUACCAACGGAGUUAAUGGUACCAAAGGGGUUAACGGUACUAAUGGCGUAAACGGUACCAAUGGUAUCAAUGGUGUCAAUGGUAUCAACGGAGUCAACGGCUAUGACUCUGACGGCAUCUCAUGGGAUACCAGGGUGCUACAGCGGGACAGUGCUACUAUGCGGACACCGCCGAAGAUCAUCGAGGAUGGGUAUGUGAAGGUGUUCCUGUCGAAGUGGCUUCCCGUAUGGACCAGGACUGCGGCCUGA